GCGCCCCGUCCCGCGCCCGCGUCCCCGCAGCAUGCCGGGCCCCCGCCUGCUGGCCGCGCUGUGCGGCGCGCUGCUCUGCGCCCCCGGCCUCUUCGCCGCGUCGGGUGACUUCUGUGACUCCAGCCAGUGCCUGAACGGUGGAACCUGCUUGGAGGGCCAGGACACUGUGCCCUUCUACUGCCUCUGCCCCACAGGCUUCACAGGCCUCAUUUGCAACGAAACUGAGAAAGGUCCCUGUUUCCCAAACCCCUGUUUCCAUGAUGCUGAAUGCCACAUGAUUGACAAUGAACACCGAGGGGACGUCUUCACCCAAUAUGUCUGCGAGUGCCCUCCGGGCUAUGUGGGCACCCACUGUGAGAUCAGCUGCCUCAUGCCGCUGGGCAUGGAGGGGGGUGCCAUUGGCAACUCGCAGAUCUCUGCCUCAUCCGUGUACUUCGGCUUCUUGGGUUUGCAGCGCUGGGGCCCGGAGCUGGCCCGCCUGCACCUCACGGGCAUUGUCAACGCCUGGACAGCCAGCAACUAUGAUAGGAAUCCCUGGAUCCAGGUGAACCUGCUGCGGAAGAUGCGGGUGACAGGUGUGGUGACACAGGGUGCCAGCCGCGUGGGUAGUGCCGAGUACCUGAAGAGCUUCAAGGUGGCCUACAGCCUCGAUGGACGCAAUUUCCAAUUCAUCCAGGAUGCAGAUGGGUCUGGAGACCAGCUGUUUGUGGGAAAUGUGGACAACAACAGCCUGAAGAUCAACCUGUUUCACACUCCUCUGGAGGUGCAGUACCUGAGGCUGUUUCCCGUGGUCUGCCACCGGGGCUGCACUCUCCGCUUCGAGCUCCUUGGCUGUGAGGUGAAUGGAUGCUCCCGACCCUUGGGCCUGAAGGAUGACACCAUCCCUGACAAGCAGAUCACGGCCUCCAGCACCUUCAAGACCUGGGGCCUACCUGCCUUCGCCUGGUACCCUUUCUACGGGCGGCUGGACAAGCAGGGCAAGUUCAACGCAUGGACUGCCCAGAGCAACGGUGCCUCUGAGUGGCUGCAGGUCGACCUGGGCUCCCAGAAGCAGGUGACAGGCAUUGUGACCCAGGGUGCCCGUGACUUUGGCCACAUCCAGUAUGUGGCAGCCUACAAAGUGGCCUACAGUGACGAUGGCCUGAAGUGGACCGAGUAUAAGGAACAAGGGGCCAUCGACAGCAAGAUCUUCCCUGGCAACUCGGACAACAACUCCCACAAGAAGAACUUGUUUGAGAGACCCUUCCUGGCACGCUUUGUGCGUGUCCUGCCCGUCGCCUGGCACAACCGCAUCACCCUGCGCCUGGAACUGCUGGGCUGUUAGUGGUAGGCCCAGCUGAAGUGGCCAGAAGGACCGCUGAGGCCGUGGAGACACCUGCCCUUCCCCUGGUGCUCCUGCCUUCUGUGGGGCUGCUGUCUCCUUAGCCCUCCCUCCUGACUGUGGUGGGGCUGGGGCCGGAGGGGGCAGCGGGAUUUCAGAGGAAGCACCCCAGACACCGCUCCCUGCACCUCCCACCUGUCCCUGGCACCCAGCCUUUGUGCCAUCCCAGUCGCUUAGGUGAGUAGGUCUGGGAUGGACAGGGAAGGGUGCAGUAGGGGGUGUGGGUUCCCUGCACGUCUCCAGAUCCCUGAUUCCAGACUCCAAAGGGCCUCUGUGUCUUCCCAGCUCCUCUUCCACACACCACAUUCCAUGUCCCGUUCCAUGCCCCCUGAGGCAGGGCCUGAGGCGCCAGGCUGGAGAUAACAGCCUCCUGCCGGUCAGCCCUGCAGCAUAAUGCUGCCCCCCAGACACUUCCCCCUUAUCUCCCUGGAGACUUCUCUUGACCCUUGUUCUGAAGCCUGGAAAGACAGAAGGGGGCGGGUCGGGUCUAUGGAGAGAGAUUGGAGCAAGGUUGGGGAGGAGGUGGGUAGGCGUGGGGGGCCCCUCUGUGCUGGCUCUGCACCCCAGAGCACACAGGCAGCUUCCUAAAUAUAUUUAUAUUCUCCACUGGAA